CGCACACACACACACACGCACACACACACACACACACGCACAUACACACACACGCACACACACACGCAAUCACACACAUACACACACCACUACAGUAUAUCAGCGAGCGACUAGCGGCGAGCCAGAGGGGAGUGCAGAAAUGAAUGUGAAGAUUCUGACGCUGGUGAUUGUGCUCCUGGUGUCUCUGCUGUGUUCUGCCAGUGCUGGUCCAAUGGCCUCCAUGGAUCACGGCAGAGAGCUGGAGGAAGCAGCUCCAGUGAGAAAGCUGGUGCAGCAAAGCCCUUCGAGGGGCGGUCAGAGCCACAGGCCAGCCGGCUGGAAGAGGAGACGCCCACGGCCCCGUCUUUCCCACAAGGGGCCAAUGCCGUUCUAGAGCAAGGCACUGCUUUAAGCGCCCUCCCCCAGGUUCUGAUUUCUAUGCUCUUCCUUUGCCAUGGGGGGCCUUGCUGCUAAAGGGCCUCUGCUUGCCCGGCCUGAAGAGUGAUGUCCAUAGCACCUGCUGGUUCUUCAAGCAACUCUGUCCACAAGAAAAAAAAAAAUCAGGACAAGCCGCUCAAUCCUUAGCUCGAAGGAGGAAUGAGAGAGGGCAAUGAUUGGAGGGCGAGGGGAGGGGGGAGUUUUUGAGCCCCUAGCUAUCUGAAUCUAUUCCUCUGUCACCUUAAAUGACUUGAGCUCUCUGUCUUCUCACAAAUGUUGUUUUUUUUUCCUUUUCCUAUCAUUUACUUUUUAGACACCGAUCAUAGCCGUGUCUUACACACUUAGCAUGACAUGGUUCAGACGCUCUCUCUUACAGCAUCCGCCAUUUCUCCAUUGUGUCGUUUUCCUUCAGUCAGUGUAACUUGAGGUUACUGUGGGCCCCCGAUUUUGUCACUGUGUAGCAGCUUAAUGGCGAUGGUUAAGGAAGAAGGCGCUAAUCAUACAAUGGUUAAUUAGGCAUAGAUCAUUUUUAUCAUCAUUUGAAGGUCUGGAUUUCUACUAUUACUUCAUGCGCGAUGAUAAAAGCAGGAGUGUUGCAUCUGACUGUGCUUUGCAUCUUCGAAUGCCAUCCACAUACAGCUUCAUUUUCAACUGGAACUAUGUCACACAUAAUAUCCAAAUGGUCUGUUUAAAUGACAGAACUUCUACUAUGUUUAGGAGAUUCUGAAACCUGAAGCUUGUUCGGUGUUCGGAACUGCCCUCAAGCUCUGUAGCAGCAUGCAUCAACUCAAAUGAGUCUUAAAACUCAAAUCUCAUUUUCAAUCCUGACUCCAAAAGCCGAGCACCUUCCUGCCACACGACUGUUAACUGGCAGGGGGGGUCUGCGCCACGGACAGACCCGCCAUGCCUUUUAAUGAAGUGCCAAAUAAUGGAGCCUCUCCACAAAUGCUGACUGCUUGUGAAAAAGUUACCUCUGUUUUUCGAGUUUUGAAACACUGACAUGCAUUUGAAGUCAGGGGUGACUCAAAGUUGACCUAUAUAAUUUCAAUUAGACUAAAAUAAUGAGAAUGGCACGACACCCCUGGCCAAAAUACUCCCGGUUUGGAUCAGUUGAAUUCUACACCUUCAAAAACAGUCAUCUUCUUGAUGCCUGGAUUUAUUGCCCUGCGUUACUUGUAAGAAAACCACACAAAUGAGAAAUCUCGCGGGAUACUCACCCACCUUUACUCCAUUAUUCCUUGGUUUAUGCGCCAAAUCUAGAUUAGUCCAUCACUAAUGGUCCUGCUGUCUAAUCCUAUCUCGCCUUUUAAACCUUUGAUCAAACAAUAUGCCUUUGCAUCAUACUGGAAUACAUCACUGUUUAUCUAUUCGCUUUGUGUUUCAGUCUUUAUUUUUUUUCCUCAGGGUGCUAGCAUAGAGGCUUUUACUAGAGCAGUCUAUCAUAUAAAACAAUCAUAGAGUUCGCAACAUUUAAAGCUUAUAAUCGACAUAUUUUCGUAAACAGCAUUAUUCUCAUUGCGUGUAGUACAAUAUAAUCAUGUAUCCACGCCGGGGCCCUUUGCAGAGGUGAUCUUUUGCCUACUUCGAGUCGGGUACAGUUGCCUUGCCAGUCCGCCAGCUCUUCCACAGCACAGGUGGUCGAGGCUUUGAUCCUUACCCUCAUUAAAACUCGGAGUUAAUCUUUCUCAGAUGGAUCUGCUCGAGGCUGACCGGGAUCUCGUAGACUGAAUUCGUUGGUUAAAUUGACUUAGACUGGAACCCCAGCAUUCACCUCCAAUCCCUCAAUGCCCUCCGUCACUGGUUCAGUGUGUAACCGUGUCAAACACAAGGACCUUUCAUCGCCAUUUGUUAGGCAUUGAGGACCAAAGCGCAAACUGUACCGUACUUUGAACUGUACCGUAUUUUGAACUUCAAGCCCAGUCCUCCGUUUCAGUUUCGUUCUUUGUCACUGCGUCUCAUGCAAAUAUUUUCAUCAAAUGAAUAGGCUCAUAAGCCUUGAUUAAGAGAGCACCAAAAACCACCGUGGUAGUCAACACUGCCAAGAUUAUACCAUGAUGGAAAAUAUAUUCAACCCUCGAGCACUGUGAAGCGUAAUAAUUCCAGUUCCACCGUAAUUAUUUUUUUUUCAUAUCCUCUCAGACAGAGAUGUAGAUUUCAUUAACGCUCCUAGGGUGUGAGGUGUUCUAUGAUGGGGGAAGAUAGCUGGGGGACAAAAGUCCUGAUGUUGGAAGUUGUGACAAGGGGUUCGUAUUGAUAUCCGCCACACCCCCACCCCAUCUCGGAAGUUAUUGUAAAUGGAGCCGAACGUCUGUAUCCGCACUGUUCGUCAUGAAUGUAUCCUCACCAUCUGCACCAGCCGCGCUGCCCUUCAAGAGACCCGAGCAAACCGACGUCAGCGCUUUUGGAAUCUUGCUGGAUCCAAAAUUCAAAGACACGUGUCACACAGAUCCAAAGUAUACGGUUUGAAGUAAUCUCAACAAAUAAGCGUGGCUUUACGCCAAGGCCUCUCUGCAUGGGCUCGCCAGGUUGCACUUUUGCAAUUACAUUAUGCUGCUGGAAAAAUACACCCUGAAAACAAGAGUCUCUUGGUUUGAAAUGGUUUUCCAGUGUGUUGUGACAAUUUUAUCUUGUCUGUUUUGUUUUUGUUUUUGUUUUUUUUUUGUCUAGCUGGUUGUCCAAAGCUUACCUUUUUGACUACAGUCUGAAACGUUGUAUCUUUUGUGGAUGUAACAAUAUAAAAAAGUAGUCUGCAGCACAAUAUGUCAUGGAAACGUGAAAGCUUUCAGGCAUCCUCUUUUUUUUUUUGUAGAUCGUAGCCCAGAGCACAUCAGGUUAAUGGGCCUUGUGGUGAGGAAGGACAAGCAUGUUUGGGCUCGGCCUGAAACGGUAAACCAAUACAUUAUGCUCGAGGAGCUAAACCAUUUGCCGUAAUGUUUUUUUUUUCCCAGAAAGACUUACACAAGAGAAACCCUACUUUGUCUCUCACUGUUCUCUCCGGUUCUUCAUCUCUGUGACCGAGUAAUGUUCCUAUGCACUUGUUAGCAUGUUUUCCUUCUCGAAAAUGUUUGUUCUGACACCUUGCCCCCACGUUUUUGUUGUUCAUAUUCAUUUGAUCGGGAGUGAGAAUUUACAAUGAUUUGUGUGUUAUUAGUCAAGUAACACAACUUUCACUAAGCAAAUUUGUUUUAAACCCAGUAUCAUUUCAUACUUCGGCUUACAAAAUAAUGCAAAAUUAGAGACAGAAGCUCGCACUAGACAUUCCAUCAUUUUACCGAAACACAUCAUGUCAGCCUUCAGCAUGGGUACCGUUUAAUCCUGUGUAUUCAAAUCGUUUGGGCCACCCCAAAGGAUAACUAGUUUUUUGUUUUUUUUUCUCCCGUGGGAAACGACUAUGAACUGACAUUAUCUCGGAGCUCGGCAAAUGAGACUGCCUACACCUA